CGCGGGACCCGAGCAGCAGUGACGUGUAAGUGUGCGACUGUGAUCUUUUGUGCUGACUCCGAAGGAGCCUGCAGUUUAUUGUGAAGCAGAAAAUAUCUGCGGACACCAUGAAUGGGGCGGAUUAUCUGCAGCAGCACAGCGCCGAGAGUCUGUCCUUCGAAGAGAUGCAGCAGAUUAACCCGCUCGGAGUCCAUCAGCAGCAGAAAGACGAGGGCAGCCAAACCUCCGAAGUUCAGCAGCUGCUGGAGAUGAAAGAGGAUCACCCUGAAUGGAGCCUCGGUCUGGACCAGCAGGACCGAGAGUCUCUGCAGAUAAAGGAGGAACAGGAAGAACUCUGGACCAAUCAGGAGGGAGAGCAGCAUAAUGGAUUGAAGGUGACUGAUGUCACCACUUUCCCAUUCACUAUUGUUACUGUAAAGAGUGAAGAUGAUGAUAAAGAGAAGUCUCAGUCUUUGCAGCUUCAUCAAAGCCAAACUGAAGACAACAGUGAGAUGGAGCCUCUGACCAGCAGCCCAGCUAAACAGGUGUGCCGACAGCGCCAACAAGUCUACAGCCAGUCACCAAACAUGAUGCAAAAAAACGUGUCAAGAUUCAGCAUCCCGCCAAUGGAAAGGAGGACUGCACGUAGAUCCAUGAAAGGAAGAGGGAGAUGGCAGAAGUGCCUGCCUGCCAGUUCCAGUUCGGACAUCACUCUUGCAACCUCUCAAUACCAGAAGGACUCGGACGAAAACAGUGACCCCUCGCUGUCACUCAUUGCCAACAUGCCACACACAAUGCUGGAGCCGGGCUCGUCAGCCAGCCUGCACGGACGUGUUGGCCACAGAGUUGUGACCGGGGAGCCAGAGUUGGAGAUAGAAGAUGAAAAGCCAAUGGUGUCGCAUUGGCCCGGGGUCAAGAAGAGGAUCCGGAUGGAGCCAGAGGCGACUCUCUCGCCCGAACAGGAAGACCACCUCGUAGAGUGGUUUGCAGCUCACCCGUUCUUCUACGACCAGACAGCACGCGACUUCAAGGACAAGCGCAGGCGAGAGCAGCUGCUGGAUCAGAAGGCCGAGGAGCUAGGAGUUACCGGGAACUUCCUCUGGGGGUGGUUCCGCAACAUGCGGACCGUCUAUGGUAAACUAAGGAAGAAGAAGAAUGAGCAAGCAACACGACCACUGACAGCCAGGCAGCGGUGGACUUCAGAUAUGUUCAAAUUCUUGGACAAGCACAUGACCAUCCGCCGGAGCAGCCUGGGAAAGCUUCAAGGGGCACAGUCCACCAAUACCGGAGUGGAAGAGGAGGAGGAGGAAGAGGAAGAAGAAGAAGGAGACGAAGAGCCUGCGAGGUCAUCAAGUCGUCCUGGGUCUCCGUCUCCUGUUCCCUCCAGUCAAACCCCAAAGUUAAAGGGCAAGAAGGCCAAGCUCGCCAGCCGCUGCGUCAACAAGGCAGUUCUUCAAAUCCCAAACAGCAUGUCCUCACUGCAGACGGCUAUGAGGUCCCUGCAGGUAGCUAUGGAGUCCCUGCAGGCAGCCGUUGGGGGGUUGAGCAACAACCGAGUCAUGUACUGUCAAUACCUGAGCACCGAGGUGGGCAUGCUCACAGAGGAACAGUGGUCAAUGUUUCAGCAGGAGACUAUGGGGAUGCUUAUUCGUUUCCGUACUGCCCGUCAGCAGCGGCAGCAGUCCGCAGUUCCAGUCCUCCUCCCUCCGGGCUCCAUGGAGUCGAUUCCAGGCCCGAGCAGCACUCUGCUCAGUAGUUCCUAUUUCCAGUCCCGGCCAGCACCGCCCCAGUAGCCUCUGUCCCAGCAAAUUAAUUUUUUUAUUGAAUUUGUGAACUAUUUCACAAUUUAUUUACUGAUCAUAGUUGAGUGUUUAUGUUAAUAAACAAUCAUGUUUCACUGGUACUUACUUCUUGAUUCCUUGUAUCACAGUAGUAAAACUUGUGCCUUACAGCUGCAAGACAUUUUAAUUGGCGCAAAUUUUACUUUGAGGCGGAGAGUCUCAGUUUCUUGUCGGUGUUAUGUGUAAACUUGAAAAAUAGAAAAAGCAGAUGUUUCUCAUUAUAUUGUACUUUAUACAUGGACCAUUGUGACCUUUAAAUUCUUAUAUUCUAAA